AUGCUCGAGAUCGAGAGCGAACAUAAAAUUCCCGGAGGCUUCAGAAACAACACUGAAGCAGUGAAGCAACAUAAGUUAAAGAAAUAUUCUGUUGGGACUCAAAGAACGGCUUUAAUGAGAAUUGGAAUAAAAAUUUGUCGAAAACAACAUUUUUAUGGCAGAUUAAGAGCGUCAAUUCCAAUGACAUGUUUUCUGACGGCUGCCGAGAGAAUUCAAGUUCAGUAA